CUUAAUAUAAAAUCCAUGAAUGUAGUCGCUCAAUUUGAACAAAAUUGCCAAAAUAGACAUGUUACAUUUUCUCUUAAGUUGCAAUCUGUUUGACAUUCAGCUAUUUAACGCGACAGGAUGCAAUUUAGUCGAUACAAUGGCAGUUCCGCAUUAAUAAUGGUUUUAACCUCAGCUGACGACACAACCGUUGCCGAUAUGCUCCUUAUUCAGUAAAUAUAAGCUGUCAAAAACUAGAUACCACACAUACUUCGAUAAAUCCACCAUUAUAUUCCAGUUAUAUGGUUUAUUAUGACGUGCGCUCAGUAAGUGAAUGCAUUGUCCGACUGGCCUGGAAGGCAUCACAAGGUCAUGCAUGCAGCCGGACCCCUAGCCUGCGCUUUGUACACCCCCUUGAGCCAGUGUCCUUCCAGUAGGUGGAGGCUCUUCCUCCCCUAGGCUCCGUUUCUACUCACGGCCCCCUUCAAGCCCAGAGUUCCCUAUGUUAACCCUCAUGAGCAUGUUUUACUAUAUUUGUCUGCGGCGCCGCUCCAGGAGUGGGACUCGAGGGGAGGCUCUGACCAGUCGGCGGGCCGUGGAGUCGGGCCAGCGGGCGGUGUUGCCGGUCAGUGUUGAGGUGGAGCAAUAUGCCAAGGAGGUUCUGGACUUCAGCUCCCACUAUGGCAGUGAGAAUAGCAUGUCGUACACCAUGUGGAACCUGGCCGGGGUCCCCAACGUCUACCCCAGCUCAGGGGACUUCACUCAGACGGCUGUAUUCAGAGCCUAUGGGAAGUGGUGGGAACAAUGUGCCAGCGCUCCACCACCUUUUCGCCGCACACCCAAAGGUUUCCACAGCCAGGAUUAUAUUGAACUGGGCUUCGAGGAGCCUGUCUACCCUACAGCAGUGGAUGUGCUUGAGACUUAUUAUCCUGGAGCCAUCGUCCAAAUUAUGGCCUGCUCUCACAACCCCUUCUCCCAGAAUCCACCUACUGAUGUCAGAUGGGAGGUGCUGUGGUCAGGGGAGCCCACCAAGGUGCUGACCCCCCAGGCCCGCCAGUUUUCCCCCAACAUCAAGCACAUCAACUUCCCUACCAACCUGCUGCGAAUAGAGGUCAACAGCUCUCUGCUGGACUACUACACGGAGCUGGAUGCUGUCAUCCUGCGGGGGGUGAAAGAGAGGCCCAUGCUGGCCCGCUAUAAGAUGCCCAUCAUCGAUAUUAACGACCUGAGUGACAGCGAGGAGGAGCUGUCUGAUCUGGGAGGUCCAUUCAGACAAGGAGGGGAGGCCAAGAGGACAGGCAACGGCUACUUUGACAAACUGCCUUAUGAGCUCAUCCAGCUGAUUCUGAGCCACCUGACCCUGCCGGACCUCUGCCGUCUGGCCCAGAGCUGUAAGCUGCUGCACCAGCACUGCUGCGACCCGCUGCAGUACACCCAGCUGAGCCUGCAGCCCUACUGGGGCCGGCUGAGUGACGCCGCCCUGGGACACCUGCAGAGCCGCUGCACUCUCCUCCAGAGGCUCAACCUGUCCUGGAUCGGCAACCGCGGAGCUCUCACCCUGACCGGCUUCAGCAGGUGA